AUGGGAGCCGGGAGCUGCACAGCCUCUGUGCCCAGCUGGAAUUUCUCCUCCAGUUCGACCUCAAGGAGAAGAGGAGCUUCUUCGGGCAGCGCAAGGACUAUUGGGACUUCUUGUGCCAGGGCCUGGCGCGACGCCGGCAGGAGCACGAGGGCGUUCGCUUUGUUACCUCCCUGGACAAGGGGCCGAGCCUUCCUGCGGUACUGCCUGGUGCACCGGCAGCUGGCAGAGUCCCUGCAGCUCUGCCUCCUCGACCCCGAGAUCCUCCGCGAGUGGUACUACGCCCGCAGCCCCUUCCUGAGCCCCCAGCGUCGGGCAGAGAUCCUGGGCUGCCUCUAUGAGCUGGACGGCGUCACCUUCCACCUGGCCCUGCGCAGGGCUGACCUGGACAUCGCCUGGCCCAUGUUCUCUGAGACACUGGUACGGCCCAGCCCAGUGGCCAGGAGCAGCCCGGCAAAGACAGCCCUGCAGACAGGCGAUACCAGCACCGGGGCACAGGGAUGGCCCAAUGGCAUUGCCCAUCCCACCACGGCACCCCAUGGAGUGCCAGCCCACCCAUGCCCAACCGCCUUGGCUGCCCCACGGGCAGGGGGUGUAGAGGCAGAAGAGGAGGACGACGUGGAGAUGGAGAAGGGCAUGAAAGAGGAAGAUGAAGAGGAAUUGGAGGAGGAUGAGAAGGAGAUGGAGGAUGUGGAUGUGGAGGAGCUGGAGGAUGGACACAGCGCUGGCAAAGCACCCCAGCCUGAUGGUGAAGGGGAGCCCGGCACAUCCCCGCCGCCCAGCACAGGGUGCAUGCCGGGCUCCUCGCCGCCAGUGCCCAGGCAGGCGGGGGGGAUGGAGGCGUCCCUGCGGGCGCUGGUGUCCCGGCUGCGGGCCGAGCUGGGGCAGCGGGAGGCGGCAUCGCAGGCGCUGGCGGCCCGGCUGGCACGGGAGGAGCGGCGGCACCGGCAGCGGGAGGAGGGCAGCGCCCGGCAGGCCCGGCUGCGGGCACACGAGGCCGAGGCACUGCGGGAGACCAACGCCUUCCUGGAGCGGGCGCUGGCGGCGGCGGUGGCAGCAGGGGGCCCAGGGGCGCUGGCACAGGCGCAGGAGGAGGCACGGGGCUGGCGGGAGGUGGCGGAGGAGCGGGGCGCCCGGCUGGCCGGGGCGCUGGCAGAGGCGGCAGGGCUGGCCUCGCGCCUGCGGGACUGCCAGGCAGCGCUGGCAGUGGCAGGACAGACGGACACACUGGAGGAUGCCAGUGCCCUGGAUGAGGUGGCCGCCGUGGAGGAGGUGCUGCGGCGGGCGCUGGAGCUUGCCCGCGGCUCCCAGGAGCCCCUGCUGGACCCCCAGGUGGAGGGGGAGCCCAGCACGGCCGCUGGCAUGGCCAUGCACCUGGCCACCCUGGCCACCACGGCGCGGGAGGAGGCCCGGCAGAGCUGGCAGCAGCUCCAGGCCCAGCGGCAGGAGGUGGCACGGUUGCAGGAGCAGCUUGGCAGGGCCCGGCAGGACGGCGAGCGCUGGGCAUCGGCGCUGCAGCGGGCGCAGCGGGAGGCCCUGGAGCGGGAGGCCACGCGCGGCGCCGAGCAGGCGCGGCAGCAGGAGCUCAUCCGCGACAUGAAGGGGCGGCUGCUGGAGCUGCUGCGGGAGAAGGAUGCCCUGUGGCAGAAGACAGAGGGCAUCGACACCCCGAUACCCAGCCCGGCGCCCCGUGAUGCAGGGCUGUGCGCCCGCUGCCGCAAGGAUUUCCGCCUCCUCUCGCGGCGGUACAGCUGCAGGUGGGCUAUGGGGGGCACUGGGGGUGGCACUGGGGUGGCACGGCUCACUGCCCGCUCUCUUGGCAGGCUGUGCCAGGGCAAGGUGUGCCAUGCGUGCUCCGUGGACGUCGGCAAGCAGGGUCGCUGCUGCCUGCUUUGCUACCAGCAAAGGCACCCGCAGGCUACGUGA